UCUAUGUAUAGAUUGAAACACGCGGAGCGUCAGUCUGCUCUUGUCUGUCACGCUGACUUGGCUGCUUGAGGAAAAUCAGAAGCUCUUUUGUGACAGACUUGCACCAGGACCAUUAAUUUUUGCAAAAAUAUUUUUUUCCGUUUCAUCCUUUUCUUUUUUGCUGAAAAUUUCAAAAAAAAUAAAUUCUCAACUUUCGAUCUGAUUUUAUUCGACAAAAAAAAAGAAAGAAUGUUUGCUGGCCCAAUUGUUUUUAUUAUAUUCAUAGUGACUUGUUCAUUCGCUGAGGAAUCUUCAUCAAAUGAUGUGUCACAAGAGAAACGUGCGCCAAUGGGUUUUCAGGGGAUGCGAGGGAAAAAGGAUCUUACAUCUUCAGAAAACGACGAGUACUCUAAAAGAGCCCCCAUGGGAUUUCAGGGAAUGCGUGGAAAGAAAAUUAUCAUUGGACCUGACAUAGAAGAGAGUUAUCCUUUUGAAAAUUCGGACAAGCGUGCGCCAAUGGGUUUUCAGGGUAUGAGAGGAAAGAAAGAAUAUUUGGUACCAAUUUUCGAAGAUCCUUAUUAUAAUGAGGAUUUUGAGAAGAGAGCGGCAAUGAUGGGUUUUCAAGGGAUGAGGGGUAAAAAGAAUAUAAAUGACGAUGAAUUCGAUAAGCGUGGACCUAUGGGUUUUCAAGGAGUCAGGGGCAAAAAGUCCUUAGAAGAAAUUUUGGAAGAUAUGGAAAAAAGAUCAAAAGCAGGAUUUCAUGGAACAAGGGGAAAAAAGUCAUACGCUUAUGAUUAUCCUGAUGAAUUUGAAAAAAGGGCAUUAGCAAUGGGAUUUCAGGGUAUGAGGGGCAAAAGAGAGGAAUUUAAUGACGAAUGGGAGAAAAGAGCACCAAUGGGCUUUCAAGGAAUGAGAGGCAAAAAAAAUGCAUUGGAUGAUAUUCAAGAACUACAAAAACGAGCCAUUAUGGGAUUUCAGGGAGUAAGGGGAAAAAGAAACAUAGAACAAUCUUCUGUGACUAAGAAUGAGGGAGAGAAACGAAAACUAUUAAGUUUUCAAGGGCCAAUGAGAGAUAGAGAGGACAGUGUACCCCAGAAUUUCGAAAAGAGAUCGCCCUUUUGGCAUUUCGGAAGUCGUGGUAAGAAAAAUCCUCGCUGGGAGUUUCGGGGGAAAUUUGUGGGAGUCCGAGGAAAAAAAUGGGUCCCCUCUUCACAGGAGGAUGAAAGUCGACUAAAAAACUUGUUUGAUAACAUCGAGAGGCUGAAUCGCCUGCCAGGAUAUACUUCACUUUUAGAAAUGCAGUAGUCUUGUGCAGCAGUGAAUAAAAUUUAAAUUAAUUUUAGCGAAGGAACGUAAGAGCAGGCUGUCAACGUUUAAUAACAAAUAAAAAAGUGAGAUAAACGUCAACUAUUGCGUUUCUAAUCAAUUUUUUGUUAAUCAGAAAAAUCUAGCUUAUUUUCUCGGACGCUCGUGCUUAUAUAAACUAUAUAUAUAUAUACAUAAAAAAAUGAGAAAAAAAAUACUGUUUUCUAUAGAAACGAGAAAUUAUUCGAUUGGCAGAAAAUGUAUAAACGACCCUUGCGAGCAAAAAAUGAAGAAAAAAACAGUCGCUUAUAUCUCUAAAUGUUUUUCAAUCAAAAUUAAUUAAAUUAAUUAAGUAAAUUAAAAAUAGAAAUUAAUUUCUUUUGCAUUCUAUAAAUUUAAUUUUAAGAAAAUUAAUCUAAUUAUUAUCAUUGAAUUAACGAUAUUCAUUCUUGAACUUAUCACUCGAGUAGAAACGCCCACACAGUCCCCCACUUAUUUUAUUAACCAAUGAAAUAAGUGAAAGAUCCCAUGUGGGCGUAACAAUUCAGUCUACAAGUUCAAGCAUAGAAUAUUGAUUAUUGCAUCCAAAUUUUAAUGAUAAAAAUAAAAAUAUUAUUUAAAAUAUAAAAAUUUUAAGAAUAAUAUGUGAAUCACUGUGUGUAUGACGAUUAUAAUUUAUUUAUAAGCAACUGUUUAAACGAGAAUGUGAAAAAAAAAUAAACACGCUUGAAGAUUAAUUGAAGGAGUCACUGUUAGAAGCCUAUAUAAUAUAUAUUAUAUAAAUCAGUAUUAAUAUUGUGAAUCUAUUUUUUAAUAUACAAAUUAUAAUCUAGACUCUGUUUCGUGUGCCAUUGAGUGGCUCCUUCUUAUUCUCAUUUUUGUACAAGGAAUCAUGACAGUUAUUAAUGGCGAAGUAAUAAUUAAACGUCCUUAAUCCCAAUUAAAUUGUAAACAUAAAAAAAGAAGUGAAUAUUUAAUAUAUCGCGAUAUAAAUAGGUCAUAUAUUUUUCUCUGAAUGUUAUACUAUACUGAUAUAGACGUAUUUAUUCAAAAAAUAUAUCUGUGUACCUCCUUAUCAAAUCGAACGAAUAAAAAUGUCUUAUAUACCAUACUUUAGUCAUCAGAAUAAAAAAUAUACAAUAUGCAAAAUUGUACAAAUACAAUUAUGCGAAUAAUAUUUAAACAAAACAAAAAACACGGAGGGCACAUUUUUUUUUUAUCCAGCCAUGUUAUUUUGUAACUAAUGUAUUUGAAAGUAACGCGUUACAGAAAAUUUUAUUUAAACUAAAAUUUGUACUCAAAAUUAAUAUUUUAAAUUUAAAUUGGAUUUUUAUAAAUAAUUUUAAUUAUUAAAUUUUAUUUUUAAAAAAUAUAACUAACGCGUUACAACUUUUUGAAAAUAACAGUUUUACUUUUUAGGAGGCAAAUAAAAAAAUACACGGAAUAUUUCCUUGAAUUGAGAGAUAAAUGGUAUAUAUACGUCUUUUUUCUAUUAAUGAAGUGUGCAAAUAUUUAUCAAUCAAUAAUUAUUUUUAAAUUCGAGACAAAUCGUCAAUCAUCAUGAUUUCCCCUUUAUGUAUAUUUUUUUAACAUAGCUUUAUGAAAGUUGGUAUGAAAGAUCAUCUAAUAUUAUUAGCAUUUUCUAUUCCCUAAAUUAAUUUAUUUCAAAAUUAAUUAUACUUUUAUUAAACAUAAAACAUAUAUUUAAAUUCAUUACAUAUAUCCGAAAUGAAAAUAUUUAAAAUUUUAAUGUAUAAUUUAUUAGUAAAAUUUUUUGUAAAGAUAAUUAAUGUCAUUUAAAAAAAAAAGAAACGUUUUUGAUGAAAUUUCACACGAGACUCGACCAGAAAAACAAUCUAGGCUGGAAGAGGAACAAAUUUAUUUAUAAUCCUUAAUCCUAUCGUAUAUAGAAUAGAAUUAAUCCUCAACUUCAUACAUAUAUAUCUAUAUACAUAUAUAUCUAAAUAAAUCCUACUAUAAAAAAAAUUUACAAGUAUUUAUUAACAUCGAAAGUAAAGUAUAAAGGAAAUAGAAAAAUAUAUUUUAUUUUCAAAAAAUAAGAAUAAAAAAAAAUGUUGAAAAUGAUAAAGAUUUAUAAAAUGAAUAAAAUUUCACGAUACCGUUAAAAAGUUUUGCUAAAUUUUACAAUUUAAAUCUAUUUUUAAUUCCUGCUAGUAAAAAAAAUAGAAACAUAAAAAGAAAUAACACUUUUUUUAGCUUGCCUACUAUUGUAAAAACUUACUGACAGGAAUUGAAAAUAUUCUUAAAAAAAUUCAUAAUACAUCAAACAUUGUUUAUAAAAAUGUAUUUACAUUUUUUUAAUAAUUAUGUUUAUUCAAUGAAGAAAUGUUAAGAUUUUAAUUACGAAUAAAAAUUAAACAUUAUAAAAACAAUAAUAAAUAAACUGAUUCUCAUUAUUAAGAAAAAGUAAUUAUUUUAAAUUCAAAUAAUGUGUACAAUAAGAAAAUUAAUUUAAUUUAAGUAGUUCAUAAUUAAUGAAAUUAUAAUCAUUAUAAUGAAUCAUAAAAAAAAUUAUUUUUCAUAUAAGUGGAAAUAUUAUUACUUUUCUCGACUAAAGUAUGGUAAUAAAAAGUUUAUAAAAAAAAUUUUCAAAUAUUGGUAUAUAAAUUUAUAAAAAUAUAAUGUAUCGGUUACUUUAAUUCUUCGAUUUUGCAUAAAAAUCAUCAAGAAAAUUUUUUUUCAUUAAACUGCUCUAAAUAGCACAUUUUCCUGUAUAUUCUAUUGUUUCCCAAAAAUAAAAAUCUUUCUAAAAAUAAAUGUCCUAAAACUGUAGCCUGAUAUAUAUAUAUAAGAAAUAAUUCAAUUUUUUUAUAGAAAACUUAAUUUGUUUUAAAAAAAAAUUAAUUUACUUCCUCAAAAAUUUGAAAUUAAUUUCAUAUACUGAAUAAUACAUUUCAAAGUUGUGAAACAGCUCUCGUUUAUAAUAAUUGGAAUCGGUGCUAAAAUCAACGACGUACUUGAUAUGUGAUUAUAUAUAUGAUAUAAAUUUAAUUUAUAAGAAUAUGUUAAAAUGUCAUGUCAUAUAUUGUGCAAUGUUAAAUUAAAAAAAAAACAAAUGUAUGCAGAAAAUAGAGAUAGAUAUAUAGGUCAUUUAAAAAGACAAGAUGGAAAAAAAUUUAGACAACAUUUUUAAUAAUAUUGUUAAAAAUUUUGUUGAAAUUACUUUUCCAUUAUACCAACAAGUGGCAUAAGAAUGAUAAUAUUCUUCAAAACAAACGUACCUACUUCCUAUAUUAACGGAAAUGAAUUAAUGCUGUGACAGAAAUUUUUGUUGAAUGUAUAUAAAUUAUUUGAUUUAUGCAGAGAUACGACGAAAAUAUACAAAUAUGUAAUAAAAAAAUAAAAAUGUGACUAAUUA